CAGCAGCAAAGGCUGAAGUGAUUUGCCGCGCAAAUCGAGAGGCGACCAGUGCAGCGAUGCCUUUAGAGGUCAAAACAAUAUUGCGUACACCCUUCUACGAUGACGUGCCACGUGCCUUCGUACGCAGCGGCGAAAAUAUCAGCGAUUCUACGCUCUUCGGACCGUACGCGCAGACCAUCUGGAAUUUCGCCAACCGACAUCAAAUGUUCUUGGAAAUCAAUCGUGAUUUAAGUGAAAACUACUCGGAGAUCUACGAGCGCAUACAUAACGGCGAGUAUAACCUGGCGAUGAAUGGCGCAACGCUGGUCAAUCAUGUGAAGCUUAAUGUACAAUUUAGUUAUCCACUUAAUUGGGUGAAGAACUGUAUAAUGGUGCCGCUGGAAGAUGAGUUGCCGAAGUAUUGGUAUAUCGUAUGGCCUUUCGGACGCUAUAUUUAUGGGUGUCUACUUUUUGGCAUCUUCUACAUAGCCAUACUUAUGCGUUACAUCGAAUAUCCGACCAAUGCCACGAAGCCAACGCGUUCAAUCACACGUAAUAUACUGCACAGCAGCGCGAUCAUAAUGUUUAGCUCGAAUAUGAAUGUACAGUUAAAGAAUGCACACAUACGCGUACUCUUCUUCUAUAUGUUACUCUUCGUAUUCGGCUUUAUAGUGGCCGCCUAUCAUGCGCCCUACUUGACCGCCUAUAAUAUGAAGCCCGUCUUUGUGCCGCCCAUCAACACGGUCGACGAUCUACUGAACGCUGAUAUUAAUGUGCUAAUCACAUUGAGUGACUUUGCGGAGAUUAAGCAUAAUAGUGUUGAGCACAUACUCGCGCUGUCGCGUCUACUGCGUGAGCUGCCAUGACAGGAGUUUCAGGAUGUCUUAGACAAAUUGAAUCGCAAUUACGCUUAUGUGGUAACAGAGGAUCAAUGGAAUUUUCUAAAUCGUCAACAACGCAUACUCAUACAACCAUAUUUUCAUCUCUCAAAGAUCUGUUUUGGCACUGUCUUCAAGGCUAUACCAAUGCAAAGCGAUGCCGUUUGGUUUGAGACGCUCAAUUUAUUUAUUUUAAUUGUACGCGAGUCGGGUCUUUGGGGUCAAUGGGAGGAGCGCGCAUUCAAUGAAGCUGUACGUGCUAAGUAUGCACAAAUAUUUACCGACACCUAUCCGGUAGAAUCUUUAAAUUUGCGUUUCUUUACAAUUGCGUGGAUCGUCUUGGCGUCAGGUCUGCUUUUAAGCUCAUUGGUAUUCGCCAUCGAAUAUUACAUCUAUAAACAUUACAGCGUCAAACCGGUGGAAUACCAUCGCUUCGUGUAUUAGCAGCGCGUAUUAUGAGGACUUAUGUAAAUUAUUUUCUAAAAUUAAAAUCAACUUAGAUUUGAUAACACUAACUGUGCAACACUAAAUUAUGAAGCUACUAAAUUCACCAAUGGUAUCUAGAAAAUUUAAUAUUACUUAAUUUACAAUGUACCCAGCAAAGUUACGAUUAUGGAUAGAGAAGAGAAAGAAAGGAAAAAGCUCAUUAACGCUUUUUUUUUGUUAGUGUUUCCCCGUCACUUUCACUAUGUGCUUAGACUUAGUGUACUAAGUGUAUAAGUAUACUAUACUCAAAUUCAUAUACUUCUUACAGAGAGUCUCUUACCAACAGCGAGCCAAUGGGGGCAAAGCAUUGCUCAUUGUUAACAGAGAGUCUCUUACCAACAGCAGGCCAAUGAGCGCCCAGCUUUGCUCAUUGCUUAUAGAGAGUCUCUUACUAACUGCGAGGCAAAAAGAGUACGCACAGCAUUGUUCUGCGUUCAAGUCAAGUAAAAAAAAACAAUACACAUUUAUCAACAAAGAAGACUACAAGAAAAUAAUAACUUGAAAACAUAACCAAAAAAAAAAUCAAAAUUUAUUUAUUGUGUGGCAAAAUAAGUAUUUAAACAAUACUAUUACAUUUAAUAAUUUUAUAACAAUGACAAUCUUCACUGAUGCCUAUGUGAGCGGCACUUCAACAGUCGAACAUUUAUUAGCUCUCCGACGAAAACACAAAAACUAAUACAACACAUGGUCAGCAGCAGUAAAAAGAUUACUAGUAAGUGUUGCAUGCCCGCAGACGUGAACUCCGUAUUGUCCGCCAAACGCCGCACAAGUCUCGCAUGCACCGCAUAAUCGAAGGCUGUGCUCUGAUAGUGACCCAACAUACCCGACGAAUGCAUACGAUAGAUAAAAUACUCGAGAUUGCGAUACAAAAACGAAUCCGGUUGCAGUGGAUAGGCUAAGUGAUAGGAACCAAAGCAGAUGUCGGUGAACUUGAAGAGACGCCGUUUCAGAUACUUCUGCUGUAGUGCCAGAAAAUUCCACUUCUCCUCCGUAAUAAAAUAGGCAAAACUUGUAUUCAACUGCAACUGAUGUUGAGCGAAAGUGGCCGGGUCUACUGGCAGUAGCAAACGUGAAAAGUUUGCUGGUAAUUCAUCACCUUCGGAGAGUAGAAAUUCCAAUUCGUAAUCGAUAAUCAUUACGGAAAUAUUCGUCUCAAUCAGGUCAUCCAUGGUGUUAAUUUGUGCGCGAAAUAAAGUUACGGUAAAAAUGCUGCCCAACAAUGAGGUGUAGUUGGCGGUGAGAAAGAAACCAUAGAAGUAGAUGGUGGUGAAAAUGAGGAAAUCCAACAAAGUCGGUGCGCCGAAAUAGUUCGGCGUGCCAAUGCCAAUGCUCAAGCAGAAACAUUCCAAAACGGUAUCGCUUAAACGUUUGGCUAACUGAUGGGUGCUCUGCCAACAGCACCACAGACACUUGACACUCACCAAAGCAAAAAAGACGCCAACAAUAAUAAACCAAACAAGAUCAUCGAAAGGCUCCAGUGGAUAGUACAUUGUUGAGACGCUAUUCCAAAUGGGCACCAUGAGACACCAACGCACCACCAUCAGCGGAUAACUCUUACCAAGCUCGUCAUCCUCUUUGAACAGAGCAUAAGCGUGAGCCAAUAUGUCGACUUUCUUGCUGCGUAUGAGAUCCAGCGCCGCCUUCAUAUCAACUACAUUGCCACCGAGAUGAUCUUUCGGCAUUUCAUACCUUACUAAGGAGGCAUUACCGUAGUCCGUAAACAACUUCAACAAGUUAUAAGCUGAACCACGCCAGUUGGUUUGUCCUGUACUAUUCUUAUAACUGAAGACAUGUGGUAAAUCCUGGCGUAGUGGUGUGUAUAACUUAUAGCCUAGCAUAUCUACGCCACCAGCCACCACUUUCUUAAAAGUUUCCGUUACAUAUUCCAAAAAGUUGGAACGAUUUUCUAAGUGAUAUUCCGGAUACAAGGAAUAAGCAAAGAGCUCAUUGGUUCGGUUGCUGCUGUAGUAAUAUAGCAUAGUACUUAGGAAAUUACGCACAUGCAGCUCUAGCAAUAGCUGCUCCGCCACGCUAAAGUCCUCCACGAUAUUCAUCAUUAUCAUUAAGCCGAAAUACAUGUGACGGCCGAGUGCUGUGCGAUCAUAGACUUCUAUUAUGGGAUCAUCUGCUGCGGUACAGAAGACUACGUUCAGUCCGUUUUUCCUAUUUUCCGUUUUUAUUAAGCGUAUAUCGGUAUUGUUGGUUAUCACUGUCUGUGUAAAGCCCAAACAUUUAUCCAACGAUAUGAUGAGCUCUUCUACGUCGACGCUAUUGGUUGCAUCUAUACUUUCGCUCACGUACCAAAUGAUCUCUUGCAUAUGAAAUGUCUUACCCAAUUUGCACAGUAUUUUUAGAAUAUAUUCCACAUCCCAAGAUUGCGCCGGCUGCAAUGUGCUGAAGCAGACCAAGCUCAGCCAAAAGACCCGCAGUUCAGCGAUAUUCAAUUUCAUCCCCUUUUAAAGGCAAAAGGAAUACACAUUUUGUACGACAAAACUUCACAUCAACCAAUAGGGAAUACAAGCUUGACCGCCUUGUCAACAAGUUGGAAUAAUUAACGAGAAUCUCAUUUGGGAUUUGUCACAUUUUGUAUGCGAUGACCCGAGACGACUUUGCGUUUUUUCAAGAACUUAUC